AUGAAGGCGCUUAGAGCUGGAUCGAAGGAGGCCGCCUCCUGUCCGGCCAUCAUCUGUGUUGCGGGAGCCACGGUGGACCUCCCCCCCGAACAGUGGAGGCUGCUCGCAGAGGAUAAGCAUCCUCUCACGGCCCGUCUGUUCGACUUUGUCACCGGGCUCAUGUCGCUGACCGUGCGCUCGCGUGGAUAUGACGCGACGUCAUUGAAGAGCUCCUGCGGCAACAUCGCUUGUCUGUUCGCGUUCGACAAGAUCAUUGCCCGGUUGGACGCGGUCGCUGCCAGUGGAUCCGGGCCGCAAUUCUCGAGGCCAACCGCGAAGACUCUGAAUGCACUGCGGCAUGAGGCGUACCAAACCGCCGAAGAGCUCGCGUUCAACUUGAGCGUGGAUAUGACGCGACCCAUGCAAGGCGGUGAGGCUGAAGGUGCUGAAACGGGGAAGGUGCAGAAAGUGGCUACGGGUGCGCAGGUUCCUGACCAUGGUGUUCUCGCUCUCACAGGUGCCGCUGGUGUUUCGAACCGCGGAGGUGCUUGGGGGGGGACAGUGGUCCACGCUGAUGACGAAGGGGCCGAGGAUACCGCGACCAAGGGUGCAACCCACGAUGAGGCUGACCUCGCUGUUGCGCGUGAGGGGGAGGAGUCGAGCGAGGAGGAGGCAGAGGCACAUGUGGUAGUGGCCGCGGCAUCCAGCAGGCCCACUACAUCCGGCAAGAGCAUCAAGCACCUCGCGCAGCACUUGGCCCCCGGUGCUGGAAGCGCGGGCCCGAGUGGUGAGGUCGCGGGCAAGAGUCCCGUGACAGGUCCGCAUGAUCACGCGUCCCUGUCCUCGUUGCCAUCGCAUAAGCUUGCUGCCGAGAUCCUGCAGCUCGAAUGGAGGCUUGCAGCGCUGGCCAAAAAGAACGCACGGCUGAAGAAACGCCAGGGGUCGGGGGUUGGUGGGGUCGCGGUCGUGGGCUCUGACGAGCUUGCGUCCGCGCUUGCUAAUGCGGUUCGGGUGUUGGAGAAGGAGGCGAGGGCGAUCGCGCAGGAAAGAGCGGCGCUGGUCGAUACGCGUAACCAGGAGGCGUUGGUGCUGGGGCGAGUGGACGCGAGGCUGGGACAGCUGCAGGGGGUGGUGACAGACUCCAUGGAAGCCGCUCAGAAGAAGCUGACGGACGAGGUUGCGCGGAAGAUCGACAUCAUGUCGACCGCGGUCUCCGCGACAGCAGAGCGGGCAAUCACCACCAGCGGGGUCACGAACGCGCUGCACACCCUCAUCGCGCUCGUUGGAGGAGCCCCCCCGCCGCGCACGGAUAAUGAAGGAACGGCCACGACGGAGAUCGCCGAGCUCGGGGAUGCAGAGCAUGGAAAGCAGGCAGCGGGUGCGAAGGCGGAGAAUCAACGGGGGGCGAAGAGGCAGAGAGUGACAAGUACUGUGGGUCGGGGCAAGGGUAAGGCGGAGGAUGGAGAGGCGCCGGCUGCUGCGGGUUCGCUGGCCUCGAGGCGUGAAGUCCAGUCCGCGGCGGGUGCUGCGGCAGAGGGCAGGCAGACCACGCUCGCACCCGCUCGUGCUGCAAUCACCGCGGGACAUCUGCACAGCGCACUGGCAUCUGCAAGUCCUAUCGCGGCCUCGGUCGAGGGCAAGGCGGAGAAACGCGGACGGGGUGGCAAGAAGCUGCCCACUCCACCCGUGUACACGAUCGACAAGGACGAUGCGGAUGAGGAGCUGGAGGGUCUCGUGAGCAGGUGGGUCGAGGCGAGCGACAGAGGAGAGAAGGGUGGGGAGGCCGCGGUCGAUAUUUAUAGCGGCGGAGAGAGCGCGGACGAGCAAGACGGAGACCCCGUGAUCGUGGAAGGUGGCACAACGGGAGGACAUGGUGACACCGGCCCCAAGCGCAAGGGCUGCGGCAUCCGCGCUCCACCCUGGGGCGAGCCCAGAUUGGUUUUUGAACCCCAUCUGGGGGGGAAGAAGCGAUGGCUCGGACACGGCGACGGCGGAGACCUGCAGUACAAGACCGCGAUCGCGAUGUAUCCCUACGACGGGAAGGUCGACCCCGGGCUGAACCUGAGCCAGAAGCAGAUCCGAGAAUGGGUCGCGGACCUGUCUAUCGCCGAGGGGCUACAUACGGACCUCUUAAUCACCAUGCACUACCGCAACCUCGUGGUAAGCAAGGACAGGUGGCAACGCAUGUUCGAUUCCUAUCGCGGGCUUACCAAGCCCAGAAUGCACACCACCAACGUGAUUGCAUGGGCCGCGGUGGUAGGCAAGGAGGCUGCAGCAGAAGAAGCGGAUCUCGGCGACGUGGAGCCGACGGACUACGCGGGAGCGAUCGCAUGCGCCAUUGCAAUGGUGUGGGAGGUCACUCGCGAUUCUAACGUCACUGCCGCGGCGGAUAAUGGAAACCUGGCCGCGCGUGCAGCUGGUUGCUAUGGAGAGCGAAGCCGUCUCUUCCCCGAAGUAUCCGCGUACGUCAUCAAUGCGGUGCGGAAGCGCAAUCGCCGCGAGGAAGAUGAGCCACAGGUUGUCGCGGACCCGAAGGCGGUCGCCGCUGCGAUCGUGCCCGGAGUCGUGAACGAGGUCAUUGCAAAGUCUCGCGAUCUCAGGCACAUUGAGUUGGCCGCCCGCGAAACGGUGGACGUUAUCAUCACCUGGUGCGACUGCUCGGUGGCAGGGAAGCAGAUGGAGUCCUUGGGUUUGUACCUUGCCCUACCAAAGGAUCGUCUGAAGAAGCGCACUUGA